AUGUAUCCUUCGCAGCAUGCCAAUAUGGCUGCCGCUUCGCAAAAACCCGAGACCUUCAUGCUGAGCACUGAGGCCCAGCAAGCACUUCCGCAUGACGCCCAGGUAGCUCUGCAGCAGGUUGAUAACCUCAAGUAUUUCCUCAUUUCCGCGCCCGUCGACUGGCAACCAGACCAAUACAUCCGGAGAUUCCUUCUGCCCACCGGCGAGUAUGUGUCCUGUGUGCUAUGGAACAACCUCUUCCACAUCUCCGGCACCGAUAUUGUGAGGUGUCUGUCCUUCCGCUUCCAGGCUUUCGGCCGCCCCGUGAAGAACUCAAAGAAGUUUGAGGAAGGUAUCUUCUCGGAUUUGCGUAACCUGAAGGCGGGAAGCGAUGCCUCCCUCGAAGAGCCCAAGAGCCCUUUCUUGGACUUCCUGUACAAGAACAACUGCAUCCGAACACAGAAGAAGCAAAAGGUGUUCUUCUGGUACAGCGUGCCCCACGACAGGCUCUUCCUUGAUGCGCUCGAGAGAGACCUCAAGAGGGAGAAGAUGGGCCAGGAGGCGACAACGGUUGCCGUUAGCGAGCCUGCCUUGUCCUUCCAGUAUGACUCGUCCCAGUCGCUCUUCGAGUCUCUCACCAAGGCCCAGCAGGCCAACUCCUCUUCCUUUCCGGCCCAGCAACUAGCCUUUCAGUCCCAGUCCACCUCGCCCAUCUUGCGCGCCGCCGACUCGAUGCCUCCCCCUCAAAUGAUGCAGCCGAUGCCAUCGCAGAUGAUGCAGCCAAUGGGACAGAACAUGGGACAGCAAAUGUCUCAACCCCUGUCCCAGUCCAUGUCCCAGUCAAUGGCCCCUUUGUCCGAUGGUUUGGAGGCCAUGGUCUCUUACGGAGCGAUGACCAUGGGGCCCGCGAUGACCUGCCCUCAGCCGAUGGUCAAGCGGGAACCUGAUUAUGGUCGUGUUCAGUAUACCCAGAAUGGUGUUCCCAUCACUCAGGUACAUCAGCGACACGCUUCCAUGCCUCCGUAUGGCCUGGAGUGCUCGCCCGCCCCAUCAUUCGUCUCCUCGCACUUUGAAGACUAUAGCCAGAGAGGACUCUCCUUUGAGCCCUUGACGCCUCCUCAUCAGCAAAUGGGUGUUAUGGGUGAGCCCGCUUACAUCGCCAACGAGGAGACUGGUCUUUAUACUGCCAUCCCCGAUCACCUCAAUGCUGGUGCCCUCAAUGGCAUGAUCCAGCUUCCGCCAUCCAAUCUCGCGGCGCCGUCGUACCCCCGCUCGUACGGAUCUAGCAGCAUGUCUCAGGAUCCUUCGAGAGGGUACUCUCCCAUGGCCGCCUACACAGUGAUCGAGGGCUCGCCAACCUACAAGCAAAGGAGGAGGCGCUCUUCCAUUCCCCCAUCAAUUCUGUCUGCUACGACAGCAAUUGCGGCGGGCACUCCUGCUGUGUACAAGCCAUCGGAUCUCCGGAGGUCCGUGUCUGCCUCUGUCGGUCCCGUGGCCGAGGGUGAUGAGUCUGCGAACAACUCUCCCCCUGGGUUGACGUACAGCAAUCCUGCGAUCAACAUGGCCCGCCAGCAGCACCACGAGAUGCUCGAGCUUUCGAGGCAUGGUACGCCCUUGUCCACUGUCGAGGGAAGCCCUGCGCUUAACCCUAUGAAUCUUCCCAUGGGUCAGAACUACGGUCCGCUUAACGAUGACGAGCUUGCUCCUAUGAACGAGCGGCAGAUGUCUCAGGGUCACCCCGGUGUGAUCCGUCGCGCCCGUUCUGCCACGGUCUCGGAGCUUGGUCCUUAUCCCCAGAAGUCGCACUCUUGCCCCAUUCCCUCAUGCGGUCGUGUUUUCAAGCGUUUAGAACACCUUAAGAGACACGUGAGGACACACACUCAAGAGAGACCCUACGUCUGUUCAUACUGCCAAAAGGCCUUCUCCCGAUCAGACAACCUAGCACAGCACAAGCGCACUCACGAUCGCGGCGACGGUUCUGAGGGUACCUCGGCCCUCUCUGGCGAGGAGGAAGAAGAGUAUUCCUCGCCAACAUCCGAGGGCGGGUACGUUCACGGCUCGGGAGCGCCCAGCAACGGCAACAGCUCGACACCCCAGUCAAGCAUGUACAACAACCUCCAGACGCUGAGCAUGCCCAUGACAAUAAGCGAGCCCCAGCCAAUCAACACAGGCGAGAUGAUGCGAAACGAACUAGAGUUCUAG